AGGAACAGGAAGCAGAACAUUCAAACCGAAAGUACAAACUUCUUCACAAACAAUGACGGAACACAAAAGUAAUAGAUUGGCAAAGGAUACACCUCUUACUUGCUAUUUAUAAAGUCAUGGCGUUGACAGUAACUGAUAUGCUGCACACGGUGCAAAAGACUAUACAAGAUCUGCAGCAAACACAAAGCCAGAUUACACAUAAGAUGAACCAUGUCCCUGCAGUGACGAAUGACAUAAGUAGACUUGAAGGAAUCGAAAAUCGUUUGAUGAAUGUUUAUGAAACUAAAAGAAGAAAUUCAGCUAAACUACAAUUAAUAUUAGAAUCUGUUGGAAAACUAACACAGAAACUACAAAUCGUUUCUACGAGUAUUGCUGAUUUAAGAACAAAAGAAAAUUCAAAAACUCUGCGGCUAAUAGAAUCAAACAGUUUAGAAUGUGACAAUUUUUCAAUGCAAAUAGAAGAAGACAGUUCAGAUAUACCAACUAUUGACAAGUCCUCCGAACAAUCAGAUGAUGAAUAUCAAUAUACGGAAAGACAAGAGCAUCACCGGAGGUCAAAAGAUUCAGUAUAUUAUCAUGAAAGACCAAAUGUCAAUGUACAACAGCCUCCAAAUCGUUCAGAAACAGCAACGUUUUCGAAAAAUUCUUCUCCAGAUGCUUUGAAAGCAAAAGUCACGUUAGUAAAAUCAAAAACAGCAGAACAAAUAGUAGAUAAGAAAAUAGAGAAAAGGAAAUCAAAAUAUGGGUUUAGAUUAUGCACAACUAAUGAUAAUCUAGACAACAGAACGUUUUUUCGCAAAAAGAAACGGUGUUAUCAGGGAGAGCUGUUAUUUCCAAAGAUAGAUAAUCAAAUAGAAGAAGAACCAAAGCCUAACAUAGUCCUUGCAGGUGUGGAUGGAAGGUCAUACAGAGAGGCCGGUAAAGAAACUGCUCGUAAACAGAAAGGAAUAAUGACCAUGGCACAAAUGACAGAGAGAGAUUACGACAAUAAGCAGAACGUACAUUCACUGUUAGAAUGGGCACAUAUUGCAACCCAGUCACAAAUGGAAGUUGCCAUGAAAAUGAUGUUAAAUAUUGAGAAAAUAAGUACUCAUGGUCAUGACUACAUGAUGCUUCUAGACACAUCGGAGAGUAUGCAAGGAGAGAAAUUUGACUUAAUGAUUAAAACUGCCACAAAUUACAUCGAUGGUCUGCAUCGAGACGGUUUAAGAUACAAUUUUCGGGACAAUGUCGGUUUAGCAUGUUUUGGAGCAGAAACUAAAUUGAUUCUUCCGCCUCUAGCGGAUUAUGACGACAUCAAGAGAGAAAUAGGAAAAUUAAAAGCUGGUGGUCCAUCCCCUUUAACAGCUGGACUUCUGAUGGCAAUGUCUGGAUUAACUCACUGUGGUACCACACAUAUUGUUCAUCACGACUUCAAGCCGUUUAUUAUUCUGAUAACAGAUGGGAUGCCUACUCGUAUGGAAGCUCUAAAUGAAGAGGAUGGAUGCGUUAGUAGUGCAUUAGCAGUAUCAUCUUUACUGACUAAUUUAGACAGAGACAAAGAAUUACACAGAGUAGUGAAUGAUAUUGCAGGGCGAGGUAUAAGAAUAUUCUGUGUUCCAAUCGGAUCAGCAAACACAGAUAUAUUGAGCAGGAUAGUUACUAAAACAUGUGGGAAAAUGGUACCGGCUGAACAGAUUUAUCGUAUCUGCAAAAAUACACAGACUCUAUACCACGCAUCAGAAAUUGCAAACCAGUUGGAGACCGCAACAGAUAUUGACAGAAAUAGUGUUAAAACAGUCGUACGUUCGGCAACUCUCCAGGAUUUUGAUGAUUUUGAUGACGUAACAGACAAUGUUAUGCACUUACUUGAUCCUUUAACACAGUACAGUGGGUACUUCAAGCAAACUAAAUGGACAGCAGUACAAUUAGGAACACGUGUUCGACGCGGACCAAAUUGGCACUGGAGAAAUCAAGAUUCAAAUAUGGCGGGAACAGUUAUCGGGGAUGAUGAAGAUGGUAAGAUAUGGGUGGAAUGGGACAGUGGUCACAAAAACUGUUACCAGUAUGAUGAAAAUAUCAAAGUGUUUGAUAUUAAACCAGUAAAUGAACCAAGAAGGUUAAUAGAUGAGAUGAUUGGUGUAGGAUGCAAAGUUAAAAGAGGUAAAGACUGGAAACACGGCGAACAGGAUGGAGGACGAGGCAGCAGAGGAACAGUGUUACGUGUUGAAACAGACGGCAAAGUUGUGGUUUAUUGGGAUAGAGGUAGACUUGGUAUAUACAAGUUUGCAAGUGAGAACUUGUUUGAAGUGGAAGUAUGUGAGCAUGGUCGGUCAUUAAGUUCACCUGAUAUAAUAGAGGAUGAGGAGAAUACCAGACAGGAUAUGACGCCAGAUUUACCUCUUAUUCUACCUUCUCACGCUAGCAAAACGAAACCAGUGACGUCAGUCUGGCAGUAUCAGAACAUUAAUGAACAAUGGGAGUCUUAUGAUGAAGAAACCAAUGUAAAGAUAGAACGUGCUUACAACAGAAAACCAAAUGGAAAAUGUAUUGUAGAUAUAGACAAAACAGUUCAUGUUGUACUGUUUUCAAAGAUGGUUCAAGAAAACCAAACGGACAAAAGCAUAGUUCCUGUUCAACGAAUAGAUAGAACAAGAGAUAUCCAAGAAGAAAAACAAUAAACAUACUAUCUUCUCGUUUUGCUCACUGUUUAUUUUGAAGCUUAAUAUUACAUUGUAACCACAGUCAUAUAACGUUAUGAUAUUGAUAACUUUCAUUAUAUGAUAAUGGUAAUCUGGCAAUACCUUAAACAUGAAAAUUAAUGAACAGAAUUAUAAUUGGUAAUGAUUUAAACUAUUUGAAAAUACAAUAACUUAAAUUAACAAUAUAUAUAAAGAUAUAUGUCAAAUGAAAAUAACAUUUUAUAAUUUUGUACGUCCAAAGCAUUGUUUUGGAUUUAUCUUUACAAUCAACCGCUUAAACCAAAUAAAAAAGAGGACCAA